CGGUAUAAAAGGCCCGGGCGCCACUCGGUCGGUACCAGUUGGUCAAGCACAGCCACCAUGUACAAGGUGACCGUAGCCCUCCUCGCCAUCGCGGCCUGCGCCGCGGCCCUCCACGUCCCAGACACCUACAACAACGUCCACCAGACCCAGCACGGUGGUCAGGAUCUGGCUCUGAAGCAGAAGUACAUUCUGCAGCUGCUGCGCAAUGUGUCCCAGAAGAACAUGUACCCCGAGCUGGUCGCUCUGGGCAAGACCUGGAACCCCGAACAGUACAUCGACCGCUACGCCAACCAGUACGUGGUGAAGACCUUCGUGUCCAUGUGGAAGCAGGGUAUGCUCCCCCAGGGCGAGAUCUUCCACGUGUACAACGACUCCCACCUGAAGGAGGCCGUCGCCCUGUUCGACAUGUUCUACUUCGCCAAGGACUUCGACACCUUCAUCAAGACCGCUGCCUGGGCUCGCGACCACGUCAACGAGGGCCAGUUCGUGUACGCUCUGUCCGUGGCCGCCGUCCACCGUGACGACUGCCAGGGAGUGAUGCUGCCCCCUCUGUACGAGGUGUACCCCCACCUGUACUUCCACGCCUCCGACAUGAGCGACUUCUACAGCGCCAAGAUGCAGAACGUGUACAACUACGUCAAGAUGACCAACUGGACCGGUGGCUACGAGAUCAGCCAGCCCGAGCAGCUCGUCGGCUACUUCACCGAGGACGCCGGCCUGAACGCCUACUACGCCUACGCCCACCUCUACAUGCCCUUCUGGAUGAACUGCGAGAAGUACGGCAUCACCAGCUGCCAGAUGCGCGGCGAGGCCUUCUACUACUUCCACCAGCAGCUGCUGGCCCACUACAACCUGCACCGCAUGGCCAACUACCUGCCCGAGAUGAACGACUUUGACUGGCAGACCCCCGUCGAGUACGGCUACCACCCCGACCUCAUGUACCACAACGGUGCCUACUUCCCCAGCCGUCCCGACAACCAGCCCCUGGCCAGCAUCAAGUCUUACACCAUCGACGACCUCAAGGCCAUCGAGUACAGGAUCAAGGAGGCCAUCGACUCUGGCUUCGUGUACGGCAAGGACGGCAACAAGAUCCCCAUCACCCAGUACAUCAAGGGCAUCAACAUGCUCGGCAACAUCGUCGAGGGUAACCAGGACUCCGUCAACAACCGCUACUACGGUGCCUACACCACCAUGCUCCGCAACCUGUUCGCCCUCAUCAUGGACCCCAGCAUGGAGCACGGCGUCGCCCCCGGCGUCAUGGCCCACUACGAGACCGCCCUGCGCGACCCCGCCUUCUACUACUACACCAGCUACAUCAUGGACUUCUUCAAGCAGUACAAGGACAACCUGCCCUACUACCGCACCGAGGACCUGUACUUCAGCGGCGUCCAGGUUAAGGAUGUUGCCGUCGACAAGCUCAUCACCUACUUCGACCUCUUCGACAUUGACGUCACCAACGCCGUCGACUUCGCCACCCUGGACGAGAUGACCAAGUUCAACUACGUCGCCAAGGCCAUGCGCCUCAACCACCAGCCCUUCAGCUACAAGGUCAACGUCGCCAGCGACAAGAAGACCAACGCCGUCGUCCGCGUCUUCCUCGGCCCCAGCACCGAGUACAUCUACACCAACUUCUACGGCAAGCAGGCCUCCGACGUCUACUACGGCCACGACACCGCCGACAUCAACCGCCUGCGCGAGUACUUCGUCGAGCUCGACCGCUUCCCCGUCGACCUCAAGACCGGCGAGAACCUGAUCGAGCGCCACUCCCGCGAGUUCACCGCCACCGUCGGUGACUACGACUCCUUCAAGAGCCUGCUCAAGAGCGCCGAGUCCGGCAACAUUUACUCCGCCGGCCCCGUCGACCACCACUGCGGCUUCCCCGACCGCCUGGCCCUGCCCAUGGGCCACAAGGCCGGCGUGCCCUACACCCUGUUCGUCAUGGUCACCCCCUACGGCGUGGACGCCAGCGAGGACUUCCACGGCCACAGCCAGGUCAACACCAACACCGUCUUCUCCUGCAACGGUCUCUGGACCUCCCUGGACAACCGUCCCCUGGGCUUCCCCUUCGACCGCAAGAUCGAGAACUUCGCCCACUUCUACACCCCCAACAUGUACUUCAAGGACGUCGUCAUCUUCCACAAGGACUCCUCCGACGCCUACAACCACGUCGCCUUCAAGAAGAACGUCAACGGCUUCGACAGCCAGUACCAGACCGUCCGCAAGUACACCCCCAGCCACAAGCUGGUCAACGAGGACAUCUACCAGGAGAAUGACGAGAUCCGCGCCUUCCUGUGAGCGAAGCAGCGUGUAGACGAAGCCUUGGCCGCCAGCAGGUCCGUCCACCGCAAUCCCUGCUGAAGUAGAAGUGACUGCGUGCCAAUGUUCAGAAACGAAAGACUGAAUAAAUUUUAAUGAACAAUGAAA